AUGAAUUCUCUUCUUCGGCUGAGCCACCUGGCCGGACCAGCCCACAUCCGCGCACUCCACUCGUCUUCCUCCAUCUGGGUACUCACAAACUGAGUUUUCUUGCCAAAAUUACCUCGAAUUUUUGCAGAGCAAGGUGUCACUCAGUAAAUUCGAGCCAAAUGCGUACCUUCCUUACGAGAGACUUUCGCAGAAUGUGAAAAUCGUCAAGGACAGGUGUGUGAACAGUUCGAAAAGUGUCGGGGGGCCAAAGUAUAUCGUUCGCUUAUCAAAAAUGUUUGUGGCGUUGGCUUGUCAUGUGCGCACUGAUAUCAUUUCACGUAUACAGUGUACUUCCAGUUUUGAUUUCUUUCAAAAUUCGUCUUGAAAAAAAUUCGAGGAAAGCUUUUAGUGAUCCUUCCAAUCACAAGUCAAGCUUUUCGGGCCAAUGGGUCGCCGAGACAAACAGAGUUCUCGUUGUAAUGGGAAGGCGCGCGCGUCAGUGGAAUUGAGAGAGAAAGAGUAAGAUUCUCUCUUCUCGUUCCCUCAGUUCUUUGGUCAAUGCAAACACGCUGGCCGUGAUUGUGUGACGAUAAUAUGGUCUGCAAUAGGCGACGAAGUGUUUCGAUGCAAUUCAAACUAUUCUUUGUUGCUCUGUGGUUGUAAUAAACAAAAGGAGAACAUCAAACGCUUCUGAUCUAUCACGAGACAGCUCGAAAUACCACAUGUGACGUGGGACACUUGCCAAGUCUCCAGACUGAUCGCACUUUGGAGGGGUCAUGUUUGCGGAGCGAGAAACAUGAGUGUACUUUGCUCUAAAGACUACAAGAAACUUGAACUUUAAAACCACACAAAACAAUAGACCUCUAGCUGCUUUUGUAAAGAAUAAUCUUAAAAAUUGAGAGAAAACCAACUCAAAUUCUAAUUCUCAGACUGAAACGCCCGUUGACGCUCUCCGAGAAGAUUCUCUAUGGACAUUUGGAUCAGCCAAAAUCGCAGGAAAUCGAGAGAGGAGUAUCCUACCUCCGUCUCCGUCCGGAUCGUGUCGCCAUGCAAGACGCCACCGCCCAGAUGGCCAUGCUCCAAUUCAUCAGCUCCGGACUCCCGAAGACCGCCGUCCCAUCCACCAUCCACUGCGAUCACUUGAUCGAGGCUCAGAAGGGAGGAGCUCAGGAUUUGAGCCGUGCUAAGGUAAGAAACUAAGGAAUUUAGAGUAGAUUCAAACAAAAUGUAGUGUUUAGGAACUCAACAAAGAGGUCUACAACUUCCUCGCCACCGCCGGAAGCAAGUAUGGAGUCGGAUUCUGGAAGCCGGGAUCUGGAAUUAUCCAUCAGAUUAUUCUCGAGAAUUACGCUUUCCCAGGACUUUUGCUCAUCGGAACCGACUCGCACACGCCGAACGGAGGAGGACUCGGAGGACUUUGCAUCGGAGUCGGAGGAGCCGACGCCGUUGACGUGAUGGCCGACAUUCCAUGGGAGCUCAAGUGCCCGAAGGUGAUCGGAAUCAAGCUUACCGGAAAGCUGAGCGGAUGGACUUCUGCCAAGGACGUCAUCCUGAAGGUCGCCGACAUCCUCACCGUCAAGGGAGGAACUGGAGCCAUCGUCGAGUACUACGGUCCAGGAGUCGAUUCGAUCUCUGCUACCGGAAUGGGAACCAUCUGCAACAUGGGAGCCGAGAUCGGAGCCACCACCUCGGUGUUCCCGUACAACGAGAACAUGUACAAGUACCUCGAGGCCACCGGACGCAAGGAAAUUGCUGACGAGGCGAAGAAGUACAAGAGCCUUCUGACCGCCGACGAAGGAGCUCACUACGACCAGAUUAUCGAGAUCGACCUCAACACGCUUACUCCACACGUCAACGGACCGUUCACCCCGGAUCUUGCCUCGCCAAUCGACAAGCUCGGAGAUAACGCCAAGAAGAACGGAUGGCCAUUGGACGUGAAGGUCUCGCUCAUUGGCUCGUGCACCAACUCCUCCUACGAAGACAUGACCCGUGCCGCUUCCAUCGCUAAGCAGGCCCUCGAUAAGGGACUCAAGGCCAAGACCAUCUUCACGAUCACCCCGGGAUCCGAGCAGGUCCGUGCCACCAUCGAGCGUGACGGACUCUCCAAAAUCUUCGCUGAUUUCGGAGGAAUGGUUCUCGCCAACGCUUGCGGACCGUGCAUCGGACAGUGGGACCGUCAGGAUGUGAAGAAGGGAGAGAAGAACACCAUCGUCACCUCGUACAACCGUAACUUCACCGGAAGAAACGACGCGAACCCAGCCACCCACGGAUUCGUCACUUCCCCGGAUAUCACCACCGCCAUGGCCAUCUCUGGACGUCUCGACUUCAACCCACUCACUGAUGAGCUCACCGCCGCCGACGGAAGCAAGUUCAAGCUCCAGGCACCGACUGGACUCGAUCUGCCACCAAGAGGAUACGACCCAGGAGAGGACACCUUCCAGGCUCCAGCUGGAAGCGGAAACGUCGACGUUGCGCCAACCUCUGAACGUCUUCAGCUCCUGGCUCCGUUCGAUAAGUGGGACGGAAAGGAUCUUGAGAACUUGAAGAUUCUGAUCAAGGUCAAAGGAAAGUGCACGACCGAUCAUAUCUCGGCCGCCGGACCAUGGCUGAAAUACCGUGGGCACUUGGACAACAUCUCCAACAACCUCUUCCUGACGGCCGUCAACGCCGAGAACGGAGAGAUGAACAAGGUGAAAAACCAGGUGACCGGAGAGUACGGAGCCGUCCCAGCCACCGCCCGCAAGUACAAGGCCGAUGGAGUCAGAUGGGUGGCCAUCGGAGACGAGAACUACGGAGAGGGAUCUUCCCGCGAACAUGCCGCUCUCGAGCCACGUCAUCUCGGAGGACGCGCCAUCAUCGUCAAGUCGUUCGCCCGUAUUCACGAGACGAAUCUGAAGAAGCAGGGAAUGCUCCCACUCACCUUCGCCAACCCAGCCGACUAUGACAAGAUUGACCCAUCGGACGACGUCUCGAUCGUCGGACUCAAGACCUUUGCCCCAGGAAAGCCGCUCAAGGCCAUCUUCAAGAAGACCAACGGAUCCAAGGUACACAGAAAACAAACGAAUUGACUAGAAUUGCAAUUGUUUAUAGGUCGAAGUUGUCCUGAACCACACUUUCAACGAGCAGCAGAUCGAAUGGUUCAAGGCCGGAUCGGCGCUCAACCGGAUGAAGGAAGUGUUCUCGCAACGGAAAUAA